AUGGGAGAUGAAGAUUGGGAAGCAGAAAUAAUCAAACCUCGUAUGUCUUCCUAUGUUCCUGUGUUUGAGAAGGAUAGGUAUUCUUCUGGAGCAAAUGGAGACACUUUUAACAGGACUCUGGCUUCAUUGUCAGAAAUGGAUGAUGGAUCUUCUCGAAGAGAUCAUUUCAUGAGAAGCAGAUUUGCCGCUGGGAGGAGUUUGGGAAACAGGGAUCCUGGCGAGUCUAAUACAAGAGAGAAUACAUCCACAGUGGGUGGCUUUAGAGUUGGAAGGAGUUUUGGAAACAGAGGUUUUUCAAAUAACAAGUUUGAAGAAGGUGAUAGCUCUGGUUUCUGGAGAGGCUGUCAAGAUGGAAAUGAUUCAGAAGCUUCAGGGUCAUCCAGAAGAGGUGGAAGAGGUAGUUUCCGAGGUUGCUGUGGAGGGUUUGUUCUAGGAAGUCCAAAUAGCAAAUAUGAACAAGAUGAGGGGACCCAGUGCACUGGUGGCAUUUUUGGCUCUAGAAGAUCAGCAUUAACUGGUGUAGGUAAGGGUGACACUUAUCAAAGCAGAAGUGGUAGUGGAAGUGGACGAGGUGGUUACAAAGGUUUAAAUGAAGAAGUAAUUACAGGCUCUGGAAAGAAUUCUUGGAAGUCAGAAGCUAAAGGAGGAGAAAGUGGUGACACUCAAGGACCAAAAGUGACCUACAUACCACCUCCUCCACCUGAGGAUGAGAACUCCAUCUUUGCACAUUAUCAGACAGGCAUAAACUUUGACAAAUAUGAUGCUAUUCUUGUAGAAGUAUCUGGACAUGAUGUACCACCAGCAAUUCUGACUUUUGAAGAAGCUAAUCUUUGUCAGACACUGAAUAGCAACAUUGCUAAAGCUGGUUAUACUAAGCUUACUCCUGUGCAAAAAUACAGUAUUCCUAUUAUACUAGGAGGAAGAGAUUUGAUGGCUUGUGCUCAGACAGGGUCUGGAAAGACUGCAGCUUUUCUCUUGCCAAUUUUGGCUCAUAUGAUGCGUGAUGGAGUAACUGCCAGUCGUUUUAAAGAGCUGCAGGAACCAGAGUGUAUUAUUGUCGCACCAACCCGAGAAUUGAUCAGUCAGAUCUAUUUGGAAGCCAGAAAAUUUUCUUUUGGGACUUGUGUAAGAGCUGUUGCUAUAUAUGGGGGAACCCAGUUGGGGCAUUCCAUUCGACAAAUAGUACAAGGCUGUAAUAUAUUAUGUGCUACUCCUGGGAGACUGAUGGAUAUCAUACGUAAAGAAAAGAUUGGUCUCAGACAAGUCAAAUAUAUAGUUUUGGAUGAAGCUGAUCGCAUGCUGGAUAUGGGUUUUGGACCAGAAAUGAAGAAGUUAAUUUCCUGCCCAGGAAUGCCAUCAAAGGAACAGCGUCAGACCCUUAUGUUUAGCGCAACUUUUCCAGAAGAAAUUCAAAGGUUGGCUGGGGAGUUUUUAAAGUCGAAUUAUUUGUUUGUUGCUGUUGGACAAGUGGGUGGAGCAUGUAGAGAUGUUCAGCAGACCAUUCUCCAAGUUGGCCAGUACUCAAAAAGAGAAAAACUUGUCGAAAUUCUACGAAACAUAGGAGAUGAAAGAACUAUGGUCUUUGUUGAAACGAAGAAAAAAGCAGAUUUUAUUGCCACUUUUCUUUGUCAAGAAAAAAUAUCAACAACAAGUAUUCAUGGUGAUCGAGAACAGAGAGAGAGAGAACAAGCCCUUGGAGAUUUCCGCUGUGGAAAGUGCCUAGCUCUUGUUGCUACUUCAGUAGCUGCCCGAGGGCUGGAUAUUGAAAAUGUUCAGCAUGUUAUCAAUUUUGAUCUCCCUUCUACCAUUGAUGAAUAUGUUCAUCGAAUUGGGCGUACUGGUCGUUGUGGAAAUACUGGCAGAGCUAUUUCCUUUUUUGAUCCUGAAUCUGAUGGCCAUUUAGCACAGCCUCUAGUGAAAGUACUGUCAGAUGCUCAACAGGAUGUUCCUGCAUGGUUGGAAGAAAUUGCCUUUAGUAUAUAUGUUACUGGCUUCAGUGGUAGUACAAGAGGAAAUAUGUUUGUAUCAGUUGAUACUAGAAAGGGCAAGAGCUCUUUGAACACAGCACGGUUUUCUUCUUCACAAGCUCCUAAUCCAGUAGAUGAUGAGUCAUGGGAUUAA